AUGGAUAAUGAAGGCAAAUAUGGAAUCGAAAUACGGCCGUUUUUAAGUUCCCGGAAACAUUUCUAUCCCAAAAAUACCAGAUUGAAGAAAUCGCAAGACAACAGAAACACUGAAUCGAAGGGAUAUCCAUGUUUAGUAGAGGUGUGUCAGCUUGAAAUAUCGCUCAAAAGGCUGGUGGCGAAGAGGUCUAGCACUAUGAGCUGUACCUUGCGGAAGCACGCGAAAGUUCACGCUGUGCGAAAGUUCUCUUGUGAACGAUGCGGAAGAACGUUUGCUGAGCGAACGAAGCUCAAUCGACAUAUGCUGACGCAUACCGGAGAAAGAGCUUUCAGGGUAUGA